GUGUCACUUUGGAAAUCCAAACACAUCCUUUAUUAGCCAAUCAUCAUCUUCUAGAUAGAUAAGCAAUGACAUGCUACCCUCUUUCUAUUUGGAUAAAGAGGGAAACCACAACCACAUGUGGUUCACCAGCACAGCAUGUCAGGCCUUCGUUCUCUAUGCCUUUCUCCAUCUUCUAUGCUCCCCAGCAACAGCAACAACAGCAGCAGCAUCAAAGUCACUACAAAGCCAGCAACAACAUUGAGUUUCAGUAUCAAAGAACAACACCAGCAGCAGCAAAGCAUUGAUGACCAUCUACCUCUUCCACUGCCUGACCUGCCAUCCCAUGUCAAAGAGAAGAUCCUCUUCCUUGAGCUCUUGGGCAUAGACUCCGGCCGUGCCCUCUCUCUCAACCCUGAUCUCCGCUCCGCCUCAUCAGACUCUAUCAACUCCAUUGUAUCAUACCUCCUCUCCAAGGGAAUUCACCACAAAGACCUCGCCCGCAUUUUUGGCAUGUGCCCCAAGAUCCUUACUUCCAGCAUCUCUGCCGAUAUCGCCCCUGUUUUCCGCUUCCUCUACAGCGAUCUCCUCGUCCCCGAGUCAAAUUUUCGGAGAGUCAUCAACAAGUGCCCCAGAUUACUAGUUUCAAGUGUCAGAGACCAGCUCAAACCUGCCCUCAUUUACUUGCAGAGACUUGGUUUCUAUGACAAAGAGUCCUUAGCGUAUCAUGAUACUAUACUGUUAGUUUCCAAUGUUGAGAAAACUCUCAUUCCCAAGUUGCAGUAUCUUGUAAACCUUGGUUUUACUCGCGAUGACGCCGUCGCAAUGGUGCUCCGGUGCCCAGGUUUGUUCACCUUCAGCAUUGAGAACAAUUUCAAGCCGAAAUACGAAUACUUUGCCGAGGAGAUGAGUGGGACAUUGGAGGACCUCAAGGAAUUUCCUCAGUAUUUUGCCUUUAGUUUGGAGAAGAGGAUCAAACCCAGGCAUCAGCAACUGAUUCAGUUUGGUGUCUAUGUUCCUCUCCCUGAUAUGCUCAAGACCACAGAUGAGGAGUUCAAGGAUAUGAUUCAUAAACAAAAGGCGAAAUUGUAAAUAGAAUAAUUCACCCUUGCUUGUUAUUUUGUAUAUAAUUUAUGCAGUUCGAAAUGAUGAAAAUAAUGGAUUUGAGGAUUUUUCAAGCCAUUGUUAGCUUCUAAUGUGCCAUUGAAGCAGUUUUAAGCAUAGUAUACUCUACUUCUU